AUGGAGAAUAGGAGCUUACAUCAGGAACAAGGCAGAUCCCCAGUUGAGUCGUCGCACUCCAGGAGAUCAAACCGUCUUGAUGAAGUGAGAACCCCAAGGAAUGAAUUACCCACCAAAGCUUUUAAGGGAAGCAAGAGGAGAAAACAGAUGGUAAGACACUCCAUCCGUGCUCAAAAUCAAAUUCAAGAAGAGGAGCAUCUGGAACCCCUCAUGCAUGAAAGAGUCCAUGCAACUCUGCGACUUGGUCCAGUUCUAACAGAGAUCCCUAUAACGGAAGAACCACCAAGGGUACCGGCAAAGAAACCACUAGGAAGACCACCUAACAAGAAAAAAGCAAUGCCGCUAUCAUUACCAGAAAGAGCAUCAAACAUCCCAAGAACCCGGAAUGACGAAAGAGCCUCCUCAUUGCAACAUAGUCCCGGCAACCUCGAAGAAGAAGAUGGAUUUUCAGAAUCCAUCCCAUCUUCCACCUUAAAGAUUCUGAGCUGGAACUGUCGUGGUUUGGAGAAUCCCGCGGCAUUAAACUAUGACCACAUAGAGGUGGGGCCACCAUACGCAAGAGGAGGAGGAGGUCUAGCCCUACUCUGGAAAAAAGAAAUUGAAGUUAAUAUCCUUUACAAAUGCGACCACUUUAUAGACACUGAAGUGAGGUAUAAGGGAGAAAAAUUCUAUGCCACCUUUGUCUAUGGAGACCCGGAAAAAGACGGAAGAGCAGAAAUAUGGAGAGCAAUCAAAGAGAGAUCUGAAAACCGUGAAGCGCCAUGGUUCCUCACAAGAGAGUUUAAUGAGAUUCUCGACAAUUCAGAGAAGAAGGGCGGACCAGCAAGGGCGGAAGGCUCCUUUGUUGAUUUUCAAUCCUUUAUGUCAGGAUGUGACCUAUUUGAUUUGAGAUUCUCGGGCAACUUCCUAUCGUGGAGAGGCAAAAGACGAAAUCAUUUAGUGAGAUGCAGACUUGAUAGAGCAAUGGCUAACAGCUACUGGAUUGAAGCUUAUCCGUAUGGCCGAAAGUAA